UCAGGGGCGGCCGUUGCGUGCGGAGUCCUGCUGAUAAUUCUGGCCGCCGUCCUGGCGGUUCUAUUCCCGAACCUCAUCAACCUGGUCCUGGAUAAGGAGCUCGCGAUACAAGAGGGCGGUCGCACAUACAAAUUCUGGAAGGAGCCACCGGUCGUGCCGCGCAUGCAAAUUUACAUCUACAACGUGACGAACGCCGACGAGUUUCUGAACAGCGGCGAGAAACCGGCGCUGCAAGAGCUGGGUCCGUACGUUUACGAACAGCACUGGGAAAAAGUGGACAUCAAGUUCAACGAUAAUGGUACCGUCACCUACAAGGUCAAGAAGACGUUCUACUUCAGUUCGAGCUUGUCAUCCGGUUCCGAGGACGAUCUGGUGGUCGUACCGAACGUUCCUAUGCUAUCGGCUACCAGUCAAUCGAAACACGCCGCCCGUUUCCUACGACUGGCGAUGGCGUCCAUCAUGGACAUCCUGAAGAUCAAGCCAUUCGUCGAGGUGUCGGUCGGUCAGUUGCUCUGGGGCUACGAGGAUCCCCUGCUCAAGCUCGCCAAGGACGUCGUGCCCAAGGAACAAAAGUUGCCGUACGAUCAGUUCGGUCUGCUCUACGGCAAAAACUCGACCGGAUCGGAUCUGUACACGAUAUUCACGGGCGCUGCUGACAUCACCAAAUUUGGAUUAAUGGACAGGUGGAAUGGCAAGGACGCUCUCGGUUUCUGGACCACGCAGGAAUGCGACUCCGUCAUGGGCACCGACGGCAGUAUAUUCCCGCCUCAUAUCACGAAGGAGACCGUGCUCAAGGUCUUCGACAAGGACCUCUGCCGGACGUUGCCGCUGGUCUAUCAGCGCGACGUGAUAGCCGCCGGAGGUGUCCCCGGCUUCAGAUUCUCCCCGCCGACGAAUGUCUUCACGUCGGUGGAAAAUCUGCCGUCGCAGCAGUGCUACUGUCCAGCUGGACCACCGUGUGCACCGGAGGGCACGUUCAACGUCUCCCAAUGCCAGUACGAUUCGCCGGUUCUCCUCACUUUCCCGCAUUUCUACCUUGCCGAUCCGGCCUUACGGGAGGCUGUGACGGGCAUAUCGCCGCCGGAAGCCGAGAAGCAUCAGCUCUACAUCGACGUGCAGCCGAUAAUGGGCACGGCUAUGAAGGCGCGAGCGAGGGUGCAGAUAAAUCUCGCGGUCAGCCAGGUGCGAGACAUCAAGCAGGUCGCAUCGUUCCCCGACAUCAUUUUCCCCAUUAUGUGGUUCGAGGACUGCGUCGACGAGCUGCCGAAGGAGAUGCAGCACCUGCUGAAGCUGGUGGUGGACCUGCCGCCGGUGGCCCACGCCGCGGUGUCCGGCGCCAUGGCCGCGGUCGGCGCGAUCGUCCUGCUCGGCGCGCUCAUGUGCCUGGCGCGCGCCGCCAAGCGCCAGGAGAAGCUGCACCUGAGCAACCCGCUGCCGGCGAACGCGAGCACCAAGACCGGCCAGCUGAACCCGGCCUUCAGCAAGUAGAGCCUCCCCCGAGUGAGGGAAUCGAGACGAGUGCGCGAGUGCUCCAAGUUCCGCCCCGCGAGACGAGCGGUACCCCGCUUCGCG